UAAUGGCAAUUCAAACAAGUUUUUUGCCGACGUAGUGUGUUAAAUGUUCGAGGCGAGGUGGUAUGAAGUAAUUAAGUGCCUGUAUGUUGUGUUUUGAAUGUGUGUGGAAUGUAUGUUAUUUACUUAUAACUUCUAAAUAUUUUACAAAAUUUUAAUAAUAGAAAUCUUAUCAAUGCAAUCAUUCAUGCAGUAUUCAUUAAUAGUAAAUUGCUUCAUAUAACCUUAUGUGGACUUUCUCUCAGAAAACAUGAAUUCCAAAUGAGCAGAUUUUAGGCGAAUUAUAAAAUGCUUCUCAUGAUAAGUUUCCAACUAAAGUUAUCUGCAUUUCAUUUAUCAGAUACCAUUUUUUGGGGUUGAGUUAAAAUCUAGGUGUGUAUAUUUCUUUUCAGAUGUGCUUCUAGAGGACAUCGAUUAAAUAUUUGAAAGAUAAAGCGGAUAUGAGUGGCUUCUUUUAUGAAUGUUUUGCCCAUGAGUUACUGAUUACUAUUUUAUAUUUAAAGAAUGGAUCAAGAACGAUGUGCACUUAUUAGUAAAGAUGAUAUCAAGAAAGAGAAAGUGCACUCUACAGUUAUAGAUGAUAUAAAUGGUGAUUGUGUUGAUUGUGAUGAAUGCGGCUGGGAAAAUAUAUAUGACAUCACUUCUUCCUCACUUAUAAAAUCACCUCUUAUAUCCGAACUCUUAAAAUCACAUGGUCUUUUAAGAAAUGGUCAUAUUGAAAAUAAGGAUAUAUAUGAUUAUUGUGAUGAGAGUGAGCUUUGUCCAAUAGAUGAUAGUUUUGGUCCUCCUUCAUUCCUGCGUAUCUAUUCAUUCCAACCGUAUUUAAAUAAUACUACCGUAGAUGAUGAUGAAAAUGAGAAAGGAGAUUACAGGUGUGGUUGGAAAGACUGCGAUAUAUGUUUUGAAUGUAGAAAAGAUCUUGCUCAGCAUGUUAAUAGUACACAUGUCUAUCAAGAUGAAAAUUCUCUAUAUCGUUGUCAGUGGAGUGGCUGUACACGACAGGGGAAAGCCAUCAAUGCUAGGUACAGAAUGUUGAUUCAUGUUAGGACACAUACUCAUGAAAAACCUCAUGGAUGUGAAUUUUGUGGGAAAAAGUUUUCAAGACUUGAAAAUUUAAGGAUUCAUAUUCGUUCCCAUACAGGUGAGAAACCUUAUGCUUGUCCUGUAGCUGGUUGCACUAAAGCCUAUUCUAACUCCAGUGAUCGUUUUAAACAUUCUAAAACACACCAGGAAGACAAACCAUAUGUGUGUAGAGUUGAAGGAUGUGACAAAAGAUAUACUGAUCCAAGCUCAUUGCGAAAACAUAUGAAAUCUAAUGCCCAUGGAGGUGACAGUAAACAAAAACCUGUUGCUUCUACUGUGCCUGGAAUUCAGAAUGGGGUUGUCAAAAAUUCCAACAAUGUCAAUGAUACUGGUAGUUCCUUAAAAAUUUCCACUCCUAAAAAAAUUUUAUAUCAACCAUAUGCUUGUAAAACUGAAGGCUGUAAUAAAAGAUAUACUGAUCCAAGCUCCCUUCGUAAACACCAGAGAGCUACAUCGCAUGGCCGUGAUCCUAAUACAUGGAAACCCAAAAUGGGCUCUAAAGCAACACAGAAUAAAGGAAAUGUUCUAAAAUCUCAGGUACAUAAUGGUGCCAGUAAGGAGACUACUAAUGUAUCAACCAAAGAAAUUUAUGAUCCAUAUGUAUUGGAAACUACGACUACUCAGAAGAAGGAUGGUAAUGAUCCAACACCUUUGGAUUUAAGUAUUAGCUAUACUUCCUCUGAUGAAUGUUGCUUACAACUGGCACUUGAGCAAAAAAAAUUAAAUUCCUGACUGGGUUUGAUCAAAAUUUAUAUUUAAAACUAUAUUUUGUUAUGAGAUACUUUGUAUAAACAUAUUUUAUCUAUUUUCAUAUAUCUAUAUAAAUAAUAUAUAAAAAUGUUACUACAAAUGGAUUUUUUUGUACUACUUUAAUUUAUAUUUUAGCUUUAUAGAGAGCUCUAAAAAGCAGCCUUAAUAAGCACAGGUAUAUUUACAGAAGUUUAUGUACUACUUAUUAAUCUAAUUGUAGUUAAAAUAUGUAUGUGGGCAUGUGUAUAAAAAUUAACUUUAUUUGUGCAAGCACAUAAGGACUAAAAGCUAAUUAAAAUAGUAUAAAAUUAUUAGAUUUUAAAAAUAUUUUUUAAAAUUUACUCACCUUUUUUCAUAGACAUGUGCAAAUCAUAACAUGUGUUCAAUUAUGGCUGUGAUAAUUUUAUGUUUUUGUAAGUAAGUAGAAUGUGUUUAAGCACAUGUUGUAUGAUAUAAAUUUAGUUUUAUAUACAUUAUUUAUAUUUUCUUUAGAGACUUAUUUGCAAAACCAAAAUUAUACAAUUUGUUAGGGUAUAAUUGCUAUAUACAGACACAGGUUUGCAAUAGACUGCAGGUUUUUAUUGUUCUCUUACAGUAAUAUAAACUUACAUGUGUAUAAAUAGGUAGUAUGUUAUAUAUAUAUUUAAGUUAUUCUUACUAUUCUAUAAAUUUAGAAAAUUAUAUUGUUUUGUCAUACUUAAUAUUCAGAAAUAGGUUUUUAUGUUAACUUCACUUCAAUAUCUUUUUUGAUUAUUCAAUGAUAAUUUUGAUUUUCCAAGUUCAAUAAAUUUUUGUGUCACCUUAAUUUGGAAAUAAAUGUAUAUAAUAAAUACUAUAAAUUGUAUAAAUAAUAUGAAACCCUAGUUUAAUUAAUUGCUUCUGAUUAAUUUAAUCUUGACCAAUUCCAAUUAAAACAAUGAGAGGUCAACUGUAAGUGGUUGAUAAUAUGAGUACAAAUACAUAUUAAGGUAAUGCAAAACAAAGUUAAUAAAAUAUUACUCUCAUUACUUUGUUUCUAUGUUAUUUUACUAAUAGCAAAAAUAAAAUCAAAAGGUGGAGUCUAAACUAUAACUUUUGGUGACAGUUUUAAACAUGUAGUUUCAAAAAUGUUAUAUUAAAAUCACACUGAAUGUCAGUUUCAAGGAAAAAUUUGGGGAUCAUAAAACUUGAAAAAUAUUCUUUUUUUUUUCUAAUUUCUUUUCCGUCAUUCACUAAUCAUUUUAUUAAUUUAUCCUUUUGACUCUUAGUGAGGAUAGUGUAUUUUUAUGCCAAGACCAAUGAGAGGUUUAUACAUUUUUCAAUUUUGAACUUGUUUAGAAUUGCUGUAAAUUUACAACAAAAUUUAUUUGUUGCUGGCAGCUGUUGACACUCAUGGAUUCUAUUUAUUGUCUAUUAAAAUAAAUGAUGUGUCCAUAAUUCUCAAAAGGUAGUGUGAAAUAAAAUUAUAUUCAAAAAUAUAUUAGGCAUUUUGCCAACCUUACAAUUAAUGAAAUUGAAUCAGAUAACGAGUAUUAUUUUCAAAACACUUGUUGUGCAAUUGAUAUAAGCUUCUUCCCAGACAUUUAUCAUAGAUUCAAAAGUCUGCUAUAUAUAUCCAAUACAAAUUUAUAAUUCUGCUCACUUAAGUAUGUAGAAAUUUAAAUCUCUUUUGCGAUUUUUAUUUCUGCUUAUUAUGCAUGUGCAUCUGAACUACAAUAUCAAAUUGGCCGUAAAUACUUCUAAAAUUAACUAACAUCAUGAAUUUUUAUUUUUUGAUGCUAUGAUAAUGAUUUGUAUACAUUUUUCAUUUUUUUUCAAUGGAAUAUUCUUUUGCUUUUUAUAUUUUUUACACAAGUUAUACACACUGCUCACAUACAUAAUAAAUGCAUAUGGAUUGUGGCUGUAUACCCUAAAUUGUACUCUAGUGUUUGUGUUGGGCAUUUUCCAGUUUCAGUCAUGUAUUUUUGCUUAAAA